UCUGAUUGACUUGCCAUGGGUCCAGCUGCCUUGAAGAUGACCUGGGGCAGCAUGGAAGUGGCCCUGAAUGGUCUGUGCACCAUCCUGCUCUGCUGUGGCCCCGUGCUGGCCAGCUGUCGCCAAGUGACCUUCUUCCCAACAAUGUUAAGUCUUCCUGCAGGCAGCUCAGCCACUUUCUUCUGCAAUAUCUCCAUGGAGAACAACUCUAAACUGGAGUACAACCUCAAUUGGUACAAGGAGACCAACCACAGCCAAGGCCAGAAAAUCGCUGGCAUCAGCCAUAACGAACUUCAGAGGAAGACAGAGAAGUAUCUGGUCACCAACCACACUGGUGUGUUCAAAAUGGAGAUCCUGAACCUCCACCAGAACGACUCAGGCUCCUACUACUGUGGACUGAUCGCCUUCUUUGAACCCAAUAAAGUGAUAGAGAGCAACCGGUCCCACCUAGUGGUCACAGCAGCCCUUGAGAUGACAAAUCCCACCGACGAGCCUGAGAUAGAGGAAGGCAGUCCCCCAGACCACAUCAAGCCUGUGCUCCUGAGCAUCCUGCUGUUGGCAGGGUUGGUUGUUCUGCUGAUCUUUGGCUACAUCACUGCCGUUCACAGGAGAGGAGAUGUGCAGAAGCCACCAAGUGAAAAGGCACCAGAGAAGGAAGAGAAGCCUACCAUGGCGCCCGUGCCCACUGUCGACUAUGGUGUGCUGGAGUUUCAGGUGGACCAGCAAGCUCACGUGCCUCAGGAGACCUGGCUGGUCGGCCACACUGAAUAUGCAACCAUCAUCUUCCCAGAGGAGAAACCUGCCACACCAGAACGGGGGAAGAAACGCCAGGAUGAGAGGACUUGGCAGCUGCAGUUGCAGCCUUGCUGA